AGAGUAUCCAGCGAGAGAUUACUCCUUGGAAGUCCACAGCGUCACAGACACGUCAGACUGCAAGACGCCACUUAUGUGCUAUGAAUACAACAUUCCUGGGGACGUCCAAUGGUGUUUGAUCCCCGCAUAUGCGAACCCCGUAGCAGAGUCGUGCGCGGUGCGUCCUGGAUGCUCCUACGCCGUGGUUCUUACAGCCCACCCGUGGGACGGCCGAGUGCAAGCCGAGAAGCUCAUACAGUUGGAUGAGUGCGUCUCAGGCGUGUGCUCCUGCGCACACUCUCCGCGCCUCCCUGCUCCCGAGGUGUGGGCGACCACGGUCGUGAUGCAUGGGGAGAUAUUCGUGAAUGUCACCUGGGUACUUCCCAAGCCAAAGUACCCUCAAAGGCUGCCCAGGGACUUGUUGAAACAGAGCUAUGUAGUUAGUAUAGGCAAACAAAUGGUGACCGACGCGCAUCCAGCGCCGUGGUUCGCGAACACAAUAACCAAACCAGUGGACGCCGAUGGCCGAGUGGCUGACGGGGACGGGCCACGGUGGCUCAUCCUCCCCAUUAACGGGAAGGGGCUCGAAAGGGCCUCUGCGGGGAGAGGGGGAGACGGGGGUAUAGUGCUGGACGUCAAACUUUUGGCACGUGUCAACCUUAUGGAUGAUAGAGGGUGUGUGGGACCAGCGGGGAACGCGACGGCUUAUGAUCCGUCGGAAGGUCACAAAAUUCAGUUCAGUACUUACCUAGUAUGGGCCGUCUUCGGCGGUCUAUGCGUGUUGGCCAUGGUGGCCAUCUUUGCCAUGAGCGCGCGCAUAGUCAAGCGUGUGCUCUCCGCCCUACGGCCCGCUGCGCCCGCGCCGCUCGCCCCGCUACGCCACCGCCCCGCGUGGUUCAAGCUGCAGUUUCGACCGAGCACGGAGAUCACAGCCCGAGGGCAGGUCGAGCAGAGCCCGCUGUAUGUACAGAAAGAGUUUGAGACUGAAGAAGCAUUCGGAGACGAGUGGGAGGUCAGCAGGUCUCGGGUGCACUUGGGCGCCUUGAUCGGCAGCGGUGCCUUCGGCCGGGUGCACGCAGCACAGCUGGACAUGCCUGGAGGAGAGACCAUCACUGUUGCUGCUAAGAUGCUGACAGAAAACGUAUCAGAAGAAGAAAUGCAGGACUUUCUUCGAGAAAUCGUCAUGCUCAAGCACGUCGGCUCCCACAAGCACGUCAUCAGACUGAUCGCUUGCUGCACCAGGAGAGCACCCCUCAUAGCUCUCCUGGAGCACGCACCCAGGGGAGACCUGCUCACUCUGCUCAGGGCUGCCAGAGGACGGCGGAGGGACCAGGGGUCCAGUGUCACUCGCCGAGUGGGCAGCGACACCCAUGGCAGACCGUCGGAGGCUGACACGGAAUACACGAAUCUUGGUGAUUCGGAUCCGGCGCUCUCAGAUGGGAAGUUGUACGUUGAGGAGGAAACUUUGAAGAGCAGAGACCACUACGUGGCCGAACCUGCCCUGCAGCUGGACUGCAGUACCAUGAGAGAAUAUGCACUGCAAGUCGCGCUCGGCAUGAGGCAUUUGGAAGAGCGAGGAAUCACGCACAGAGACCUCGCAGCCCGCAACAUCCUCGUGGACGGUGCAGGAGUGCUAAAGGUGGCAGACUUCGGGCUCUCCAGGUCUGGGGUCUACGUCCACACGCGGUCCAGGCCGGUCCCGCUGCGGUGGCUGGCCCCAGAGGCCAUCCUGCACUCUCAGUACUGCAGCGCCAGCGAUGUCUGGGCCUUCGCUGUUUUAUUGUGGGAGAUCGCUACAUUAGGUGGCUUCCCCUACGCAGAGUUAAGCAAUCACCAAGUCCCGCCGUUCCUAGCAGGCGGCGGGCGCUUACCCAAGCCUGCCCGAGCCUCCCCCCGCCUCUACGACUUGAUGGUAGAAUGCUGGGCCGAAGACCCCUUCGACAGACCCUCAUUCGCCAGCAUAGUCGAAAAACUGUCCAUCCAAAAGCAACUGUACGUAGACCUCGACUCCUUGCUAGCAUCAGAAGAUAUGGACACAUUCGAUGAUUACGAAUUCAGCGAAUGUGAACGGUGAAAAGACUGAAUAUUUAUAUUGUUGUUACCCCAUCGAUU